AUGACCUAUUCCAAGAGCGACCCUGGUGCGAAUCAGACCAUCUCCACCGUGUUCAUCCUGGUGGGGUUUUCCUACCUUCAUGAGCUUCACAUCCUUCUGUUCCUGCUGCUGCUGGUCGUCUACUUACUUACCCUUAUGGGGAACCUGCUUGUUAUCCUUCUGAUAAUGCUAAAUUCUACCCUCCACAGUCCCAUGUAUUUCUUCCUGAUCAACCUGUCCUUCCUGGACAUCUGUUUCACCACAAGCGUGGUCCCUCACCUGCUGGUUCAGCUCCUGGUGAAUGAAAAGACCAUCUCUGUUGAGGGAUGUAUGGCCCAGAUGUACAUCUACUCCAUCAUGGGCUUGACGGAACACAGCCUCCUCGCGACCAUGUCCUAUGACCGCUACGUGGCCAUCUGCCACCCCUUGCACUAUGCAAACAUCAUGAGUGGACCGGCAUGUGCAUGGCUCGCGGGGGCUUCAUGGAUCAUCUGUAUCUCCGUGGCCGUAGUUCAUACAACGUGGCUCUUCAGCCUGCCCUUCUGUGGCUCCCAACGCAUCCACCACUUCUUCUGCGACAUAACACCGGUGAUGAAGAUGGUGUGCACUGACACAACAAACAUUAGGAUUCUAGGGUUCAUUUUGACAGUGCUGUUUGUCGUGAGCCCUUUCCUGUUGAUACUUCUGUCCUACGUCUGCAUUAUCUCCACCAUCCUCAAGCUGCCAUCGGCGGAGGGCAGACGUAAAGCCUUCUCCACCUGCUCCUCCCACCUUAUGGUGGUGACUUUGUUCUACGGAAUGGCCCUUUUCACCUACUUGGUGCCCAAGUCUGAAUCCACCAUGGAGAGCGAUCAAAUGAUUUCUCUCAUGAACACCAUUGUGGCCCCCUUGUUGAACCCAAUGAUAUACACGCUGAGGAACAAAGAGGUGAAGGGAGCUUUGAGAAAAACUAUAGUGAGGAGCAUCUUUGCUCACAACCAGAGAAAUUAG